GUGGGAUUUGAACCUACAACCUUUGGGUCCAAGGCAGCAGCUGAAACCAUUGUUCCUCCAGAUGCUUGCUAUAUGAUUAUGUUAAAUUGCAAUUAAAUUGUUCUGAACUCAUUCAACUGUUUAUGUACUGUUUGGGGCUAAAAGUAUUGUUCUCCAUCCUGCUCCCUGCAUAUCCUUCUGUAUGGUGGUGGUUUUGGUUCAAAACAAUUGAUUAGCGAUGGGGUAGGAGGCCCAUGUGCGCACGCCCAUUGUGUAUGCUUGUUCGUGUGUGGUGGCGCAUUUGCACCAGGGGGUAGCAUGGGGGAGGGGUGAACGGAGCGAGGGAACGGAGGAUUAUUCCACAAUUGGCUAAAGAGGGAUUGAAAACAACCGUGUCAACUGGAGCUCAGCUCUGAAUGCCCUUCUCUCAGCGUGCUCCGUGUUCAUGGGUGUAGGUAACGCCUCUUCCGCACUAUGGCCGGUUAUUAUAAUUAUUUCCUAUGAGAAUUGGAAAGAAUCAGGAGAGAGAAAGCAGUAGCUCAUUCAAAAGUGUGAGCACGUGCUUGAGAUUAGAAGUGAGAGAGAGAGGGAGAGCAAGUGGAUUGUGGUGCAAGAGGGACGUGGAAGGAGGAAGGAAGCUGAGAGCGCAGAGGGAUAAGAAGAGCGCGGUCGCACGGCUUGGGCGCAAGACAACCGCGGCACCAAGGAGUAUGUGGCUGUACUUCCUGUCAGUGUGUGCAGGGGUCGCGGCAGCCUUGUACGUGCUGUGGUCCUGGUUGAUUCCUGCUGUCGUGCAGUACAAUCCCUGGCUGGCUCUCCUCUGGCAUGAUGCGAUCGUGCAGCAGGUCCUCAACAUCCUGACUCGCUCGACACGACCCCAGCGUAUCCUGAAGGCAGUUCAAAACAAUGCCACCCGGGGGGAUGCUGAGAGUGUCAUUGCUGCCAUUGACAACUUCUGCCGAAAGAAGGAGUGGGCCAUGAAUGUGGGGGAUGAUAAAGGCCCUAUCCUGGACUCUGUGGUGAGCGAGGUGAGCCCAAGCUUUGCCCUGGAGCUUGGCACAUACUGCGGCUACUCCACAAUUCGCAUUGCUCGCCUGCUGCCUCCCGGCUCCCGUCUCCUCACCCUGGAGUUCAACCCUGACUAUGCUGCCAUAGCCCAUCAGAUCAUUGCAUGGGCAGGGCUCCAGGACAAGGUCGAGCUUUUGGAGGGACCCUCAAGAGACCUGAUUCCCCAGAUGAAGGAGCGUUUUGGAAUCAAAUCAUUUGAUUUUGUUUUCUUGGACCACUGGAAAGAGUUCUACCUUCCUGACACCAAACUGCUUGAGGAAUGCGGACUGCUGAGGAAGGGCACCGUGCUGCUGGCUGAUAAUGUAAUUUGCCCUGGAACCCCCAAGUACCUAGAGUAUGUCCGCAACAGCCCCUGUUACGAGAGCUGCUAUUUCAAAUCUCACCUGGAGUACACCAAGGUGGAAGAUGGGCUCGAAAAGUCUGUUUUUCUCGGAUAAAAAGAAGCAUGCUUGACCUCUGGUCUUGCUGUUUACCUUGGUUGAGCGGUGGCAGACUUGGGCUCGCAACCUGAAGGAUAUUAGCUCAUGUCUUUGUUUUGUUACCUCCUGCUCUUAAGGAAAAACAAAGUAUGGAACACUGUUAAAUUUUUAGCUUUUUGCAUUCUAACUACAUUUUGCAGUCAUCAGAUCACUGAAACCAAUGUAAUUUAUAACUGUUCUAUUAACUAAAGUUAUUACAUCUGAAAUGCCAAAAAAAUUCUUGAAAUAUAUUUCUGACCAAUAUUAAAAAAAAUGUAAUACAAAAAUCAGCUGAAUGCUUGGAUCCUGUUGUAACGGUAUGGGAAUGUUUACUUCUAAUAGCAAUUAAAUCAAUUUGACAUUUUACUGUA